GUUUACGGGCCCUACCAUCCGGCUAUUAAAAUCGCCCGCCGCACGGCAUAUUACUCCAUCCUUAUCCUGUGCAGCAUUUUAUCAUCCCCUUUCCCUGCAUCCCCGGCUCUAUUCCCUCAUAAAAUGGGUCUUUUCAAAAUGUCACCUUUUCUAUAUUUUUUCGCUGUCCUCAUCGUGGCUGUCCAGUGUACGGACACAGCCGCUACCGCUGACCUUUCCUCACAGGACCUCUCGGCGAAUUAUCAGAAGGGCUGCAUGCUGGUAUGUACCAUGUAUCCCACCAGUGUCAAGUGUUUCCGCUGUAAGAAUCGCAUACCCAUGCGGUUUGGCAAGCGGAGUGGACUGUUGGAGGAGCAUGCACCGCGCCUGCUGUCGCCCAUGUUUAUGUGGGAGAUCCGCGAUCCGGAUACGGAUGAGAAGGCGCUCCUUUUUACCUUUGCCAAUGCCGGACAGCGCUCCAGUCCGGCUGCUGCUAUGAACGCUGGGCAGAGAUAACCACGGAUCAACGGUUUUAUGCAUGCAUAUUAGACGCAGUAUUUAAUGUAGUUGUUCAGACUGUGAGCCAAUCGGGAUUACAGCUUUAAUCUUACUCUCCAAUUUGUUUUAUAUUUUAUGAGUAAAUGCCGACGGAUUGCAGGUUUUAAAUUAGUAGAAUUUGGAUGCCGAUAUAAUUAUAUGCUGCUUGCGAUCAAAGGACGAGCGUUGCUCAUAGCGCGAUUUUACUGGCCGGUAUUAUGUCUAGUUUUUUGGUUUUGUUUCGUUUCUGCUGAAAAAUGUAUGAGUUAAUUUAAAGGUGCAUGCAUGCACUCUACUCUGCGAUGCAUUUUUUCUAAAUCAUGAGAAAAUGUGAAUCAUGAGAAUGUUUUAAUAGAAAUUAGUGUAAAUCAUGAGAAUGUCAUGAUAAUCAUGAGAAUGUUUUGAUAGAAAUUAGUGAGUCUCAGCUGCGAAGACUUGGAAUUAGCAUGAUGCAGCUGUUCUUUCAUAGUUAUAUGUACAGAGUAGCUGUAGAGCGUACUCAGUUACUGAGAGGGAACAAAAAUCGGCCCUAAUAAAACU